AUGGCGUCUUCCAACUCCGCACAAAAUCCUAGCAAGAAGCGCAUCUUUCUCAAUGCCUUUGACAUGUUUACUGUAGGCCAUCUUUCCUUCGGGCAGUGGCGGAAUCCAGAGGAUAAGAGCGCAACGAAACGCCGAGAUCUUUCAUAUUGGACGAAUCUGGCAAAACUACUGGAGGAGGGCGAUAUUAACGCCUUAUUCCUGGCAGACACAUUUGGGCAAUAUGAUGUCUACAAAGGGAGCGCUGAGCCUGGUAUUCGGACUGGAGCACAGUUUCCAAUGGGCGAUCCAGCAAUUCCAAUUUCAGCUAUGGCGGCUGUAACUAAGAAUCUCGGAUUUGCGAUAACCACAUCUACCUCAUAUGAGGCUCCCUACACUAUUGCGAAAAGAUUCUCGACCCUUGAUCACCUGACUGGAGGACGAUUUGGAUGGAAUGUGGUCACCUCUUGGAAGCAGUCCGCGUCAAAGGCUGUUGGGUUGAAAUAUGUCGAUCAUGAUUUACGCUAUAACAUUGCAGAUGAGUUCAUGAGAGUCUUGUAUAAACUGUGGGAAAGUUCUUGGGCGGACGACGCUCUAGUUGAAGACCGUGAGAAUGAAUUAUACGCCAGUUUUGAUCGCAUUCGGUGGAUCCAUCAUCAGGGAAAGAACUUUACCUUGGAUGCUCCGCACAUAUUAGACCCUUCACCUCAGCGAACGCCUUUUCUAUUCCAAGCUGGAACUUCUCCAGCCGGAAUUGCUUUCGGUGCUACACAUGCAGAGGGUAUAUUCGUGUCUGGCCUAUCUCCUCAAAUGCUAGCUCCGCGUGUCAAGGCAAUUCGUGAUAAAGCUGCGGAGGCUGGUCGUGAUCCGCAAUCGGUGAAAAUAUUCGCUAUCAUGACGCCUAUAAUUGGCAGAACUACCGAAGAAGCAGAUGCCAAAUAUCAAACGGCUUUGAAAUAUGCAAGUGCGGAGGGUGGCCUAGCAUUUUUCUCUGGAAAUUCUGGGAUCGAUCUCAGUAAAUAUGAUUUAGACACAGAAAUCAAGGCAGAGGACUCGAAAGUUGACUCUAAAGUCCACUCCUUAGUAAGUAGUUUAUCUUAUCACGGGAGUGAUGUUCCACGUUGGACGCCCCGAAACAUUGGCAAGGUUAUUUCUAUUGGAGGUAAUGGCCCAGUGCCUGUAGGCUCCCCAGAGGAAGUUGCUGAUGUAUUGGAGGAAUGGAUUGAUGUUGCUGACAUUGACGGAUUCAAUAUUGGCUACGUGGUAACUCCAGGCAGCUUUGAGGAUGUUGUUCACCUAUUGGUGCCUGAAUUAAGAAGACGCGGGAGGUACGCUCCAGUGGGGGAAUCAGGAACUAUGAGGGAGAGGAUCUACGGUCAAGGUCAAUCAAAGCUGCGGAACGAUCAUAUUGGUAGCAGCUACAAGUAUGCUGUCUACGAUCCUAAGAGUGAAAAUCCACCAAAGUAG